AUGUCGCCGCUGGAGGAGCCCACGGGCCAAGAGGUUACUAGCCAACCUGGCAGCAGAGAUGCAGCAACUAUCAAAGAAAAUGUAGAGUCAAGACAGACCCCCGACUCCCCAGCCCACCAUGUCGUUGGGCCAGCCGUUGUCGGGAACAAGCAACACGGCUCCAAGAACAAAGAUGACGAGCAAGGGCAUGCUUCUGCUUCCGGUGAAAGGGGGUCAGAACAGCAUGCUCCCUCCGCUGAAGCUUUGUCCGAAUCUUCAAGCCCCGCCACCGGGAAGCAGGUCCCAGUACCAUUGAAGCUCCGUGAGCCUGACGCACCAGACGUCAUGACCUCUUCUGUGGCCACGAUAAAGGCCCCGACCUCGUCGUCACAUAAAACCGAAAAUGAUGCCCAAUAUCUUACGGCCGAGCAGUCGGCCUACGUCGAUCCCACACCCGCAACUCCCAUGACCUCGCAGCCACCUUCGCGGAGCUCCUCCACCACUGCAAGAUCCCACCGAUCUGACGAACCCUCACCGUCAAGAUCCGAGGGUGCAGAUGAAGAAAAGAGGUUUACAAGUGAAGACGAGCAAGAUGGCGGCUCUCGGUCCGAAAUACAGAGCAUCAUGGAGCAGUUCAGCGAGGCAGGUGGUGGACCUGGUGUAGACGAAGUCAUGAGCCCGCGCUUGGAAAUUGCCUCUCCCAUUCUCUCUGGGCCUGCUCCGCAUCCACCACGGCAGUCGAGCCUAGAGCCCCUCUCGCAGUCGAUACCGAGCCCGCUCCAAGACUUCAGCGCCUUGCGGAUGUCUUCCUCGUCUCCGUCUAGUGUACGGUCCAAGGAACGAGCCAUCGAUGACCAAGGGCCCCCCGUCCCCCCCAAGGACGGUGCCUUUGGGACUCCUCCUAGGACACGAGAGGACGGGCGGCCAUCCAGCAUCACGUCGCCCACCUCUCCGCAGCUAUCUAUGCAUCGGCCACCUCCGCCUGAUCCAGAACCGGAACCGGCACUGCCCUUCGAUUUUCACAGGUUCUUAGAACAGCUACGGAACAAGAAGGCCGAUCCAGUUGCAAGGUAUCUCAAGUCGUUCUUGUCUGAAUUUGGUAAGAAACAGUGGAUGGUUCACGAGCAGGUUAAGAUUACCAGCGAUUUCCUGGCCUUCAUUGCCAAUAAGAUGAUGUUGUGCGACGUCUGGAGGGAUGUAUCCGACGCUGAAUUCGACAAUGCCCGCGAGGGGAUGGAAAAAUUAGUCAUGAAUCGAUUAUAUACGCAGACAUUUUCCCCUGCGAUUGCGCCUCCGAAGCCCAUCCCUGGUGCCAAACCAAGACGGAGAGGCGGAGAUGUACCUUUAGGACCGGGCCGUCGGGGACAACACCAAGAAGAUGUCGAGCGCGAUGAGGUUCUAACGCAGAAGAUCAACAUCUAUGGAUGGGUGAAGUUGGAGCAUCUGGAUAUUCCACCCGUCAUUGGCACAAAGGUCCUUUCUGACGUCUUGGUUCAUUCUUUCUCUUCAGAACUCUUAAAAAUCAAAUCAUAUAGAGCGCCACGAGACAAAAUUAUAUGUGUUCUCAACUGCUCCAAGGUGAUAUUUGGUGAGGUGCCUCCAGAACGUAAUCACCACAAGGUGUUUACUCGAUUGCUAAUUCUGACAGGUCUGUUGAAACACAACAAGUCCGACUCAUCAGCAGAUUCAUUCAUGCCGCUACUGAUUUAUGUUGUGCUGCAAUCCAACCCAGAGCAUCUGGUUUCCAAUGUGCAGUACAUCCUGCGAUUCAGAAAUCAGGAGAAGCUCGGCGGCGAGGCUGGCUACUACUUGUCAUCCCUGAUGGGCGCCAUCCAAUUCAUCGAGAACAUGGACCGAUCAUCACUCACAAUAUCCGACGACGAGUUUGAAAGAAACGUUGAGGCAGCCGUAUCAGCCAUCGCAGAAAAACAUCAAGCCGCAUCCCCCAUCAUCCAGCAGCAGGCAACAUUCAACGAAAAAACCGGCAUCCACCGCAGCGGAUCAAGCGGGCGUCCCUCCACGGACGGCGGCGCAGAGGGCUCAACCCCCCGGCGCUCAACCUCGUCCUACGAAGGCGAAGCCCAAGAUGGCGCAGCAAUUAGCGGCCUCCUCCGAACCAUUCAGAAACCCCUCAGCACAAUUGGCCGCAUCUUCUCCGACGAAAAUGGCUCCUCCUCUAACCCCGGGAGUGCGACCCGGUCUCCAGCUCCGCCGGAUCGCCAACCCCCCCGAUCCAACUACCGCGACGAACAUGCUGCUUCGCGACGCCAACAAGAGCUGUUGCUGGCCAAGCACGCGCUCCCUGCUGAAGAAGCGGCCGCGAGACAAGCAAGCGCCGAGGCAGCAGAGGCCCAGCGCCUUCAUCGUGCCGAACACGCAAAUGUUGUGGAGACACUGGCGGGCAUGUUUCCUGAUCUCGAUAAAGAUGUCAUUAGCGAUGUCGUUUACCAGAAACAGGGAAGACACUCUCAAGUCGACACAAUCGCAUUCGAAACAUACCUCGGUAGCUACAAUCACUAUAAGCCUUUUACCCAAGUCCUUCUCAUCACCAAACAGCAAGCACGUCAAUUGAUUCAUACCGGCGGUGUUCAAGGAUAG